UUCAUUCACUCUCACAUCAUCACAUCGACGCGACUGCUGACAUGACGUCCACACGGCUGAUCGUCAUGACAACGCUGACUCUCUGCUUCAUCGUCGGCCUGCAAGCUUCUCCGAGGUCGGGAUGUUUCUGCAUACGGACGACCCCGGCCUUCAUCCCUGUCCGAAUCAUCGACAAAAUCGAGGUCAUUCCAGUUUCAGGUCACUGUCGCCGGACUGAAAUCAUAGUGACGAGGAGGAACGGCUCCAAAGUUUGUGCCGAUCUAAACAGCAAGUGGGGCAAGGCCGUGAGCCGCACUUUACUGAAGAAAUGAAGUAACUUCUGUUACUAACACUUUUAUUCACGCACAUCAAUGUGACAAGAAACGAGAAGACACCUUUUCAUUUCUCAAACAACAGACCCUAACCCUGAUCUGAUGAACUU